CAUGCGCAGAGACGCUCAUAAUUCAACCGCUCCCAUCUUCCAGCUCGCUCCGCACCUCUCAUCCUGAUCUCAGCCCCCGGUCUUGUCUUUUUCGCUGACACAGUGCCUUAAAACAAUAUUUUCGCCCUUCAGACCAUAGCCGCAAAACCCCCGCAGACAGCCAUGGCCAAAACUGCAAUUGCAUACAAAGAGAAGAUGAAGGAGCUGUCUGUUUUCUCCCUCAUCUGCUCCUGCUUUUAUCCAGAGGCACGCAACAAGCUGGUCGUCUGUGAGUUCGAAGACAUGGAGGUGAAGCCAAUCAACAAGCGGGCGUCGGGCCAGGCCUUUGAGGUGAUUCUGAAGCCCCCAUCCCCGGUGUCAGAUGCGGCCCACAGCAUCGCUUCGCCCCCCAAGAGGGAAGUGUCUCUAGAGGACAUCCAGAAGAAAUUGGAGGCAGCUGAGGACCGGAGGAGGUCCCAGGAGGCCCAGGUGCUGAGGGCCCUGGCAGAGAAGAGGGAGCAUGAGAGGGAUGUGCUGCUCAAGGCCAUGGAAGAGAACAACAACUUCAGCAAAAUGGCAGAGGAGAAGCUCACCAUGAAGAUGGAGCAGAUCAAGGAGAACCGGGAGGCCCACCUGGCGGCCAUGAUGGAACGCCUGCAGGAGAAGGAGAGACACGCAGCCAUGGUGCGCAGGAACAAAGAGCUGAGGGAAGAGCUGACAGCGUGAGCCCCACCUCUCCCCAACAUCCACCAAUCACGUCCCUCCACCCAGCCUCACCCUGGAAACUCCACAGCAGACACCAAGCCCUGGAGUCCUGGAGGGUGGAGGACUUCACUACCAACAUACUACACCACCCACCCUGACCCAUCCCCACACACACACACACACACACACACACACACACACACACACACACACACACACACACACACACACACACACACACACACACACACACACACACACACACACACACACACACACACACACACACAAUCAGUAUUAACAGUAUUUUCCAUUAGAUAAUUAAUGAUUUAUUUUUUCCGAAGGGGAAAAUAAUCAACAACAUGAAAACAUGGGUAUUAUUUUGUAAAUACUUCAUUUUUGUAUCUAUCUUGAUGGGUAGGCUAGGCUGAUUGAGCGCAAACAAGUGUAUCAAAUGCACUGUGUUGUACAAUUUCAAAUGUUUCUUUUGUUAUCUAAUUAUUUAUUGGUUCUUGAAAUUUGAAUCUACAAUAAUUUUUUUGUGAAAGUCUUUUUUGGUGUUGUGAGUUGGUUGUUAGCUGACGUUUGCAUUGUUUUCUAAUGAUGUCAGUUUCUGUGUCUUUGUGAAGAAUGUUAACAGGUCGUGAACUCAGACUCCUGACAGCGCAUCCCAUUUUAUCACCUCACACACACACACACACACACACACACACACACACACACACACACACACACACACACACACACACACACACACACGCACACA